AGGGGGCCCCCGCCGACGGCGCCAAGGGAGGCCCUCCCGGCAGGGCCCCCAAGGGCCCCGAGAGCAGGCCGGCUGCGGACGCCCGCGGGAGCUACUGCAUGUCGGAGGACAGCGACAUCAACAUCACCAGCGAGGAGGAGGACCGCAAGGAGCAGCCUCUCUCGGGCCCCAGAGACAAGGAGAGCGGCGGCUGCGUCCCCUGGGGCUCGCUGGCGAGCCGGGCGGCGCCACCGGAGGGCCUUUGCUGCUACAUCUGCGGGUCGGCCCUGGCCCCGGCCUCGCAGCACCAGAUCCACGUGCAGAAGCAGGAGAAGCUGGCCCAGGCCCCCUUCUUCCCCUUCCUGUGGCUGCACAGCCCCCCUCCGGGGGCCCAGCCCAUCAGCGACGGAGGCAGCACCCUGGUGUGCCCGUGCUGCUUCUCCUCCCUCAUGCAGCAGUGGCAGAGCUUCGAGCUGGCCAACGUGCCCGUCCUGCAGCGACUGUACGUCGUGCCUCUGAACAGCCACGCCCCCGGCAUGGCCUCCAAGGGCCGGAGGCUCCCAAGGGAAGACGGCCCGCCUGCGGGGGCCCUGCCCGAGGCCUGCUACCUCUGCGGGGAGGACUGUACCCAGGACGCCCGGGCCGUGGCCUUCAGGAUUCUCAACGGCAGCGCCCGGGGCUCCAUGCAUUUCCCCUUCCUCAGCCUCCUGCCCUGUCCCCCCAACGCCCGGGGCCCCAACAAGCGUUGCGAGGUCCGAAGCUGCCCCAAGUGCUUCAGCGUCCUGGAGGACGUCUGGGCCCUGUACCGGGCCUGCCAGAACGAGGAGCUUAUCACCUCCGUGCAAGGCUUCCUGGGCAGGUACCACCAGGCCUUCUCCGCCUCGGAGCCCGCUCUCUGCGAGCCGCCUGCACCGGCCCGGGGCAGCCCGGCAUCUGUCUGCUACAUCUGUGGGGCCGAGCUGGGCCCUGGGAAGGAGUUCCAGCUCAACGUGAACCCCUCCAGCCGCCUGGGCGAGAAGGAGCCCUUCUUCCCGUUCCUCACCGUUUACCCGCCCGCCCCCCGUGCCAGGCCCGCCGACUCCACCGGCCUCGUGGCCACCUGUGUGCUCUGCUACCACGACCUGCUGGGCCAGUGGCUGCAGCACGAGGCCCGCAGCGCCCACCACACCGUCAGCGCCUGGUCUCGCCAGUACCAAGUGGAGACGUUCGUGUGCUUCUUUUGCCAGCAGGAGAAGAAGCGCUGUCUCGGACUCAAGGCCCUGCGGCUGGCGCGGCUGCCCUUGUUUCUCUAUACCCUGCGAGCAAGCCACAGCCUGCUGGUGGACGAUGGGCGGCAGCUGAUCAUCGGCGCCUGUGUGGAGUGUGGGACCCUGGUGUGUGCUGGCCCGGGGCUCGCCCGCCAGGGGUCCGUGGGUUGGAGCUCCCCAGUGGCAGCGGCGAUGAAGGUCACAGCUGCAUCUCUUGAGGCAUCAACAACUGUCCACCCUCCAUCCAGGGAGCCUGAACCCCGGCCAGGCGCCCCAGCAGAGAGCACGCCCAGAGGCCCCAGGCCGGCCCAGGAGCCGGGGCCCACCCGGUGUCAGCAGAGCAGCGUGGCUGGGGCCGCAGCGGACCUCGCAGGCACAGGCAUGAGCCAUGAGCCCAAGUCCCCUUCACUAGGGAUGCUUUCCACCGCGACCAGGACCACCGCCACCGUCAACCCCCUCACCCCCUCGCCGCUCAAUGGCGCCCUGGUGCCCAGCGGCAGCCCCGCCACCAGCAGCGCGCUGUCGGCCCAGGCCGCGCCGUCCUCCAGCUUUGCCGCCGCGCUGCGCAAGCUCGCCAAACAGGCGGAGGAGCCCAGAGGGUCUUCACUCAGCAGCGAAUCGUCCCCCGUGUCCUCGCCGGCCACCAACCACAGCUCCCCCGCCAGCACGCCCAAGCGUGUGCCCAUGGGCCCUAUCAUCGUCCCCCCUGGGGGCCACAGUGUGCCCAGCACGCCCCCUGUGGUGACCAUCGCCCCGACCAAGACCGUCAAUGGCGUCUGGAGGAGCGAGAGCCGGCAGCAGGACGCCGGCUCUCGGGGCAGCAGCAGUGGUCGGGAGCGCCUCAUCGUGGAGCCCCCGCUGCCCCAGGAGAAGGCAGGGGGCCCAGCCAUCCCCUCCCACCUGCUCAGCACCCCCUACCCUUUCGGCAUCUCCCCCAGCUCUGUGGUGCAGGACUCACGCUUCCCACCACUCAACCUCCAGCGGCCCGUGCACCACGUGGUGCCCCCCAGCACGGUCACCGAGGACUACCUGAGGAGCUUCCGGCCUUACCACACCACCGAGGACCUCCGCAUGUCCUCCCUGCCUCCCCUUGGCCUGGACCCAGCCGCUGCGGCCGCUGCCUACUACCACCCCAGCUACCUGGCCCCACACCCGUUCCCCCACCCGGCCUUCAGGAUGGAUGACUCCUACUGCUUGUCAGCCCUACGGUCCCCUUUCUACCCCAUUCCCACGCCCGGCUCCCUGCCUCCCCUGCACCCGUCGGCUAUGCAUCUCCACCUCUCCGGGGUCCGCUAUCCCCCUGAGCUCUCCCACUCGUCCCUGGCAGCGCUGCACUCAGAGCGGAUGUCCAGCCUCAGUGCCGAGAGGCUGCAGCUGGAUGAGGAGCUGAGGCGGGAGCGCGAGCGGGAAGCUGACCGCGAGCGGGAGAAGGAGCGUGAGCGAGAGCGGGAGAAGGAGCGCGAGCGGGAGAAGGAGCUGGAACGCGAGCGGGAGAAGGAACGGGAGCGGGAGCUGGAGCGCCAGCGGGAGCAGCGGGCCCGUGAGAAGGAGCUGCUGGCGGCCAAGGCGCUGGAGCCGGCCUUCCUGCCGGUGGCUGAGCUGCACGGGCUGCGGGCCCACGCCCCCGAGGAGCGGGGCAAGCCCUCGGAGCAGCUGACCCCGACCCGAGCAGAGAAGCUGAAGGAGGCGGGCCUGCAAGCACCGAAGCCCGUGCAGCACCCCUUGCAUCCCGCGCCCGCCCCCCACCACACCGUGCCCAGCCUCCUCUCCAACCACAGCAUCUUCUCGCUGCCGGGCAGCAGCGCCGCCACGGCCCUGCUCAUCCAGCGCACCAACGAGGAGGAGAAGUGGCUGGCGCGGCAGCGGCGCCUGCGGCAGGAGAAGGAGGACCGGCAGUCUCAGGUGUCAGAAUUCCGGCAGCAGGUGCUGGAGCAGCACCUGGACAUGGGCCGGCCCCCGGUGCCCACGGAGGCGGAGCACAGGCCGGAGAGCGCCAGGCCGGGACCGAACCGUCCAGACCCGGGCACCCGAGACCCCCCGCAGCACUUUGGCGGGCCCCCGCCACUCAUCUCGCCCAAGCCCCAGCACCACUCUGUGCCCACGGGCCUCUGGAACCCAGUAUCCCUGAUGGACAGCACUCUGGAGACGCGGCGGGCCCCUGAGAGCCACCCCCUGCACAGCCAUCCCGCUCCGUUUGAGUCCAGCCGCCAGGCAGCCGUCCCACUGGUGAAGGUGGAACGGGUCUACUGCCCAGAAAAGGCGGAGGAGGGGCCCCGGAAGCGAGAGGCCACCCCCCUGGACAAGUACCAGCCACCCCCAAGAGAGGCAGGGAACCUGGAGCACCAGGCCUUUCCUCACGGGCCCGGGCCCUUCCUGGCUGAGCUCGAGAAGUCCACCCAGACCAUCCUGGGCCAGCAGCGGGCCUCCCUCACCCAGCCCGCCCCCUUUGGGGAUCUCACUGGGCCCCUGAAGCCAGGCUCGCCCUACCGGCCUGCAGCCCCACGGGGCCCCGACCCCGCCUACAUCUACGAUGAGUUCCUGCAGCAACGGCGGAGGCUGGUCAGCAAGCUGGACCUGGAGGAGCGCAGGCGGCGUGAGGCCCAGGAGAAAGGAUACUACUACGACCUGGACGACUCUUACGAUGAGAGUGACGAGGAGGAGGUCAGGGCCCACCUCCGCUGCGUGGCCGAGCAGCCGCCCCUCAAGCUGGACACGUCCUCCGAGAAGCUAGAGUUUUUGCAACUUUUUGGCUUGACCACCCAACAGCAGAAGGAGGAGUUGCUGACCCAGAAGCGGAGGAAGCGGCGGCGGAUGCUGAGGGAGCGAAGCCCGUCACCCCCGACGAUUCAGAACAAGCGGCAGACGCCUUCACCGAGACUGGCACUGUCCACCCGCUACAGUCCUGAUGAGAUGAACAACAGCCCAAACUUCGAAGAGAAGAAGAAGUUCCUGACCAUCUUCAACCUGACUCACAUCAGUGCCGAGAAGAGGAAAGACAAAGAGAAACUUGUUGAAAUGCUCCAUGCCAUGAAGCAGAAGGCACUGUCCGCAGCAGUGGCAGACCCACUCAGGAACUCUCCGAGGGACAGUCCUGCUGUCUCCCUGAGCGAACCAGCCACGCAGCAAGCCUCUCUGGAUAUGGAGAAGCCUGUGGGUGUUGCUGCUUCCUUGUCUGACGUCGCAAAGGCCACGGAGCCUGGGAGACCGGAGCAGCUCCGGCCCCAGGAGCUGUCGCGGGUCCAGGAGCCCGCUCCUGCCAGCAGCGAGAAGGCUAGGCUGAACGAGGCCCCUGGGGGCAAGAAGAGCCUGAGCAUGCUUCAUUACAUCCGGGGCCCUGCGCCCAAGGACAUUCCCGUGCCACUGUCCCACAGCAUCAAUGGGAAGAGCAAGCCAUGGGAGCCCUUCAUGGCGGAAGAGUUUGCACAUCAGUUCCAUGAGUCUGUGCUGCAGUCCACCCAGAAGGCCCUGCAGAAGCAUAAAGGGAACGUAGCUGUGCUGUCUGCAGAGCAGAACCACAAAGUUGACACGUCCAUCCACUACAACAUUCCCGAGCUACAGUCCUCCAGCCGACUCCCUCUGCCCCAGCACAAUGGGCAGCAGGAGGCCCCCUCCGGGAGGAAGGGCCCCCUCACACAGGAGAUGGACCAGGACUCGGAGGACGACGAGGAAGACGGAGAGGAGGACGAGGACGAACCCCCCAGGCGCAAGUGGCAAGGGAUUGAGGCAAUUUUUGAAGCUUACCAGGAACAUAUAGAAGAGCAAAACCUGGAGCGGCAGGUGCUGCAGACACAGUGCAGACGGCUGGAGGCCCAGCACUACAGCCUCAGCCUCACAGCCGAGCAGCUCUCCCAUAGCAUGGCGGAAUUGAGGAGCCAGAAACAGAAGAUUGUUUCAGAGAGGGAGCGACUCCAGGCAGAACUGGAUCACUUGAGGAAGUGCCUUGCGUUGCCUGCAAUGCAUUGGCCUAGAGGUUACUUUAAGGGAUAUCCUAGGUGACGGUUUCCCUUGCACUAGGCCGAACCUAUAGUAUAGAAAUAUUAUCUAUUUUAUUACCUUGAAUAUUUAAUAUUUUUCACUGGGAGGUUUGAAGCUUAAAAAAAAAAAUGAGAAUGUGCCAUGCAUGAAGCAAAGGAUUCCAGGCUCCAGAAGAACGAACGAACUCGCCUUGACUUCAAUGCACCUGAAUCACCUUUGUCAUUCAGCGAGCAACCAAUGUAGGACGCCCAUAGUUCUUUCUUUUUAAAGGUGGUUUUAUUCUUCCCCCAUCAUUAUUUUCAAAUCUGAAAGUGAAGGCUCCCUAUACCAACACUAAAACUUGAUCAUUUCUGGCCCCUGGGUGCGUAAGACUGGAUCAGACCGAGCGUGUUCUGUUCCUGGUGUGGCCGUGUGAGCACUCCCCAAUAACCCAGUCUGCUUUCGCUGCAGCGUGGGGCCGGCCUCGCUCCUCCACAGGACUGAGACCUGCUUCAGCUGGAAGAAGGUGGGGUGCAUUUCCAGGAAAGGGCUUAUUUGUUUGUUACUUUUCUGCAAAAUUUUCUUCAAAGCAACAGGUCCUAGGAGCACACAAAGCAACAGUACUAAAGCCUCACCCAAAGGCUUUUCCCUGGAAAAGCUCUCCUCUAAAGUGCAUCAACAAACUGAAGGUACCUUUUUAUUACUCCGUGGGGGAAAAUGUACAGAGCUCUAUGUAUACAUAUGUUCACACCCACCAAAUUGUUACUGCAGUGGGCUGUGUUUUCAUACAAACGUAAAUUUUGAGAGAAAAGUCAAAGGUGCUUCAGCCUUGUACUGUGUAUAUAUAUUAAAAAAAACAAAGUUUUGUAUGUUUUUAUUACUUUAAUUAUUGUUAUAAAAAGCCUGCCAUUUUUAAUAUGUGGUUUGGGGGGAUUUUUGUUUGUUUGUUUUCCUGUUUGGGGGUUUUGUUUGUUUUUUUGCUUUUGUUUUUCUGGGCAAAAAAACUUGCUUUUAGUGUUUGUACUGCUGCUGGUCAGGACAUUAAAAUAUUGAAGUGUUUUUAAAAAUUAAAGAAGAAGAAAAGUAAAAGAGCUUACCACUGGCGCCUAUGCGAUCACUUCAUUUUUGAGUUGCACCAGAAAGUGAUGUAGAAAGCCAUGUGUUACUUCUUACCUCCUCCUGUCCCCUCCCCCUGGCUCUGGACAGCACCCAGAACCAGUUGCUAUUGAGGAGGGGCUUGUCCCCAGGCGGGAACAAGCAGCUGUCGUGUAUGCACCUGUGCGUGCACACGGCUCUGUUGAAAGAACCGGUCAGGAAGUGAGCGAGUUCUGUGAUAGGAUUCUAAGGUGUCUUACAGCAGUCUGAGAACAGGUGCAAAGUAGAAACUUUAGAAGCUUUAUUUAGAUGCAAAGCUUUGUAAAAGCCUAAAAGUAGGGUAAACAAUGUCUGAGCUGAACUUCUCCUCCUCUCGAACUUACAUGGUCAUGAGCAUAGGAGCAGCUGGGAAUGCCAUCUCAGUGCGAAGCAGUGUUUCCUCCUUGUCCCAGUUACUGCUCAUUCAGGCAGUGUCUACUCUAGAUCAAGCAGGUAACCUCUUGCCGAAUGGGCCCAAACCAGAGACCCAGAGCAGCCAGUGGUUGGUCUGUCAGGGGUGGGAGUAGAGGCAAGAAUCUUGAUGGCCGCUGUCCCCUUCACCCUGGGUCAGGGGAAGGGCUGGCUGACCUUCAGGAAGGCUACUCACUGUGAUCAGUGGCCGCGCCCUCAGCCCCAGACCUUAGCUGUGCAGAACAGCUUGCUGGCAGAUGGCACUGUGUUGCUUUAUCUGUUCCCACACCGUUUGCUUUGUAUGUCUGCCAAGAAUCUUCCAGUUAUUAGCAAACUCAGACAAAAAGUGCCGCCAGUAUUAUCAGCAGUCAACAAGCGCCUUCCUCUCCACAAAAACGACUUGAAGAGAACGAAGGCCUGUUCUGUGGGCCUCCUCCCCUGCAAAGACAUUGAGAGAUCAACAUGUUCCACAAGUGGGGACAGGUGUUCAGAGGGAGCUCUACUGCCAACAGUCAGAGAAACUAUUAUUGAAUUUCUCUAAAAGUCUGCUUGCUAUUUCCAGUCUGAAACAGCAAGCUUAAGAGUUAUAUCUUAGCACCUCCCUCCCUGUCCCCCACCCUACCCCCCAAAAUCACAGGAAAGGGCUGGAUGCCCCUGCUAAUCAGCUUGGCAAUGGCCAGAGGAAACAGGAAGUACAGCCCAGCCCUUCACCAUCCAAGGGGAGCCCCUUGUUGGGCUUUUCUGUAAUGGGAGGAGGUCGCGGGGUAAAGGGAUGGAGCUAUACAGGGGAGGUCUCUGCCCGUGGGUUACAACCAGCUGUGGGUACAGCUCUGUCCCAGAGCUAGAACUCUUCUUGUUCCUUCCAGCUGGAAAUACCACCUCCCCCCCCCCCCCGCCUGCCUUCAUGCUUUCUGUCACUCUGACUCCCCCACAUGCUCACCUAUCUGUAAUAAGACAAUCAGAAUAUAAACCAGUAAGGCAGCAUGAAAAAGCUAAGGUAAGAAAGCAAAGUACACCAGUGAGACCUGGUGCCCAAUCAUGGUUUUUUUCCCAUCCCAUAAUCUUCAGAUGAUUCAGAAACAGCACAGCAGCACCUAAGUCUUCAGUUUGGGCUGAAAAAUUGACAAAUACAUAAUUUCUGAAGCUUUCUGUUCAGCUAGUUCACACAGUUUAAAAGACAAAGUUCAGAAGUACACCAAGUUUGCUCUAGAAUUGUUUAUGCAACUUGUGUCAGUAUUUUCGUGAAGACUUCCGUCUUUCACGACCUUGUGUCUUCCUACCACACCUGGAAGCUCCGGCUGCCAUCUGUCCUAAAGGGGACUGCACUCAACUUCCAGAGCUGAGGCGUGUGGUUCCACAUUUAAUCAGAUCAUUAGAAACAAACCAGAGCUCUCCCCAAAACUUGGCACUAUAUAUAACCUGAUCAUUUGGAAAUAUUUUGUUUCAUAAAGCCAAAUGGACAUAAAAUAUCUCAAUCCAUGAUCUCCUAGAGGUGACCAAGACAGGACUUAGUUUUUUCCUCUAGAAAGAAACUAGACACUUAAUUGGCAUUUACAUUCUAGAGGAUUAUAUCCUAAAGCAAAUUCCAAAAACAUUAAAAGGAGCCCACGCUUUCAAUAGCCGAGAAUUACAACACAAGAAAUCCCAAGUUUGUACAUGGAAUGGUACUUUCCUCAAGUAGCUUAAUCAUGCUGCCAAAUCUCAAAAAUCAGAUACCCCCUUUCACCUCUGAGCUGUUUUUAAGUAGAAAAUUCUAAGGAUCUACCACAAGAUGGAGAUGGUCAGCAUAAGCCGAUUCUGUUACUCUUAGGUGUAUAUUAGCCACUUAGCCAUCCCUGCACUCUUUUUCCAGGAAACCAGUUACUGACUUCCUCACUACUUGCAGUAGCCUGUCUGCCCCAACUUCUUGAUCCAACGCUUAAGUGAAACUCUUCUCUCUGCCUUGACCUGAGGAAGACCAUCUAAUUGGUUGUGUUACUUUGUAUGUACCCUGUGCUUAAUUGCUAGAACAGUAAAACCAGUACAUGGGAGGGAGGAGGAAUGCCUCGGUCACUCUGGGGGCAGUUUAGAUGCUGUGAAAUUAAACCUGUUCUAAGUGUACUUGUUUGAAUUAAUUGUAUUGUAAUAUUAUUUGUUGAAUGUAGUAAUUAGGUAUUUAUGAAUAUAUUGCUGUAAUUUCUGACAACAUCCAAAAAAUAAAAUCUUCCUAAAUCAUUAA